ACUUGCGCUGAGAACCGCAGAGUCAUGGAACAUUCGGAUCUUACCCAACCGCUGGCUCACCUGGGACUGGUCGAGUUAACUGGUGGCUCGUCAUCGUCAUCGUUCGCCGACAGGCCGUCCAAAGUCAAACUUGACGACGCUAUUCAUCUGGGCGUGAACGGCAGCGACGACCCGUUCUUCACAACCGCCUCAAGGUUAGACCUGGAGCCAACAACAGCCGGGCCUCACGAACUCAGUCCAGUUGAAUUGGCCGGAGUAAUCGUUGCGGCGGCGCUGGUCACAGUGGCCAUUAUCGGCCUCGGCGUUUGGAUGCAUUGCCGGCGGAAGAAGAGCAAGAGCCAAGAGACGACCGGUGGACGCAUGAACGGUCCUCAUCAUCCGGUCGCUCCUCAAGUGUCCGUCAUCAGCAUGGAAACGGAUGUCCGACCAGCAGGUCAGUUGAUCUCAGCCUCCAACGUGUCGUCUGCUUAUCGUUCCCAAACGAUCGCCGUUCGCCAGAAUAGUUACGGUAGCACGGGCUACAUAGGAUCGCACGGGCCCUACCGGAUGGACGGCGGAAGUGGAGGUCAAUCGGAAGAAGAUGAAAUGGGUUCGUUCACCGAUUACGGAUCCAUCGUCGGCUCGUUCCCGCCAUCUCCGGCCGGAUCUUUCCGUUCGGCUCUCGAUGCUCCGGGAUUUUCUAGGUCUAGAGCGGGAACGGGGACGUCAUUUGCCACCGUCAAAUCGUUCGGUUCGUAUCGUUCACGCGCUAGCAACACGGCGUCGUUUCACACCUGCGUCGAAGAGGAAUUCUCGUGAUUCAUGUGUUAUCCAUAUUUAAUUUUUUUUUCCCCGAAAAGAUGGGAGACGAAAGAGAGAAAAGCUUAACGGAGUUUUGAAGGGUUACACGAAAGUUCGUGAACGUGCCUAAUUUAUACAUUUCUUAAUUCAUUCAUUAUUGGGAGGGGGGGCUUUAUUUCGCUUCUUUUCACGUCUUCCAACGGAUUGAG